AUGAAAAUAAGAGUUGAAUUUCUAAAUGGAAAUGAACAUAGAAAUAACCCCCAGUGUCAAUCGGUAUCACAUAUAUUCGAUGGUGACACUGCAGUAAAAGAUCAUAUCAAAGUGUUGCUGACACACUUUAAGAUUCCCGUUGAAAAGGUUGGAUCGUACGCACUUCAAAAUCCGGUCACUCUCCAUUAUAUAGACGAUGCAUUCCUGACACCGGAACGCUUGGUCGAAGCCGAGAAGUCUUAUUUCAUUCUGAGAAUGCGUCCGCAGGCCAUCGCUCAGCGCGUAAUCGAUAGUCUGAGGCAAAACUCUUCGACCUCGCCCACCAUGAAAGAUAUCAUAUUCAACAUUCGUUUCCAAAUGAAAGAUGUCGAUUACGUCGAGGAAUUCAUUGCAAAGGGUGGAAUCAAUCAGCUGCUCGACGUCAUCGUAAAGAGUCAUGGAAAUACCCAAGCCUAUUGCUUGACGGCACUGCGUUGUUUCAUGGGAUUCCACAGUGGAUUGGACGAAGUGAUGUCACGUCCUCAAAUCAUUGAUAAACUGUACUCACUUGUCUCACCAUCUGUCAUAACCGGAGUCUGUAGACAAUCCAUUGAGCUGUUGUUUGUUGUGUGUAAUUUCGAUGGAUUUUCGUUGGUGCAUCGCGCCGCCAAAAACCACGCUCUAGAAACCAACUUGCCUGCUUACACAACAUUAGUAAACCUACUGGCAAGUGGUGAUAUCGAAACACAAGUCAACACCAUCACUCUGCUAAAUUGCUUGCUGGACAACGCUCCGAAUCCGCGAAAAGUUGAGAAGCUACUGACUCGCUGGAAAGCACUGGGAAUUGUCAAGAUUCUCAAAUCACAGGAGCACGUCACUCACUGUGAUUUCAAGACACAGAGUGCUCGUUUCCAAGUGAUGGCGGGCAUUGGCUUCGAGACGAGAAAGCGACCCGAACUAGUUCGUGGAAUGUCUACCCAAGAUCUAGAGUUGACAAUCAUCCAGUAUCAGGAGCAGCAACCACUGGUUCGCCUGUUGAGUCACGAACUAAAGUUUCUGAGAAAUGCAAUCAAAUCGGCCAUUGAGAAUGGUUCAUACAUCAACUAUAGAGCACCGACCGAGCGAUACGAUGAGUAUAUCGCGCGAAAGAACGACAUCAUUGGUGACGGUCCAGUCAAUAUCUCCUACCUGAAACGUAGUGAUAAGUUCACCAGUGCAUUCAGAAAGAGCAUGUAUGUGAGAUCACCAAACACCUCGGUACUUUUCGAUUCUUCAACUUUGGUUGAUGAUGAUUUCGAUGAAGUAGACUAUAAAUCACCAAAAUCAAAUCUAUCAAAUAACAAUAAUAACAAUAAUUCAACAACUGAUAUAUUAUUAUCACCUAUUUCUUCAGAAAAGAAUUUAAAUAAUUUAACUAAAUCAUCAUCAAAUGGAUCAUCAAAUAAUAAUAAUAAUAAUAAUAAUAAUAACAAUCAUGAUAACAACAAAAAUGAUCAAUCAUCAUCAGCCAUUCUCAAAAAGAUAACCAUCAAUGAAACUGCAACUUAUAAUCUAUUCGAUGUAACAAAUACACCAAAAGCAAGAUCAAGCUCACACAAGUCAAAGUCUAAUCCAUCAAAACCAGCCAUCACUCCUAAGAAGAGAAUGAAACCACUUCCAUGGAGUAGAGUUGUUGUUAGUACAUUAGAGAAAGAUUCAGUUUGGAAUAAAUUACCAGAGGUUACAUUUGAUGAAGAACAAUUCGUAGAGUUGUUUUCGCUGUAUACUGAAAAACUUGUGUCGUUCAAUGGUUCACCGGUUCUCUCUGGUUUGGGUGUCAGUGGUACCAGUAGUUCCGUUAUGAAUAAGAAGCCAAUUCAAAAAGUGAUCUCAGUGCUCUCACAGAAACGAUCGAAUGCCAUCUCGAUCAUGUGUAGCAAGUUGCCGAGCGAUGAGAAUCUAAUUAGAGCGUUGCGAGAGCUAGAUUCCUCAAAGUUGUCGUUGGAAUUGGUUUCGACGCUCCACAACAACAUCCCAACACAAGAGGAAAUGGCAUCGAUCCUAGAGCUAAACGAUGACUUUAUCCUCGACAAGCCAGAGCGUUGGUGUCUGAUGAUCGACGGAUUCCCAAAGAUCAAACAGCGUUUGAGAUGCUGGGAGUUCAUGCUGAAGUUUGACGACUUGAUAAAGAACAUCGCCGACUCUAUUGAAACCGUCUCGAUUGCUUGCAACGAACUGAAAACCAGCCAUUCGCUAGUGUUGCUCUUGUCCACUCUUGUUUCGCUCGGUAACUAUUUGAACGCCGGAAAUCAACAUCGUGGUCAAGCCGAUGGUUUCCACCUCGAUGCCUUCAAUAAGAUUCUAGAGAUACGCGACAACCAGAACAGCGGAUCGCUUCUCGACUUUGCAAUCAAGACACUCCUCAACAACCACCCAAAGAGCUACACUCUGCCAAAUGAGUUGCAACACAUCUCCAACGCCUCGCUUAUCAAUCUGCAGGAGGUGGGCAAUCAGCUGUCGAAGCUGUCGACCGACUACACCGAGUUGACAACCAUCGUCGACGACAUCGUCAACACGACCGACAGCGAAGAUCCAUUCAUCACAGCGGUGCCGCGUUUCAUGAACAACGCAUAUACAACACUUCGCACCACACAGAAACAGUAUCUCGAUACCGAGAAGCUGUUCAACGAAGUACUUGACUUUUUCAAUCCGAUUGCCACACCGACCUCGUCGUCUGGCUCGUCGUUGUCACUAGACAGUUCACUCUCAAGCAGCACCACAACCAACAACAACAAUAACAUUAACAGCAGCAGCAAUACCACUAUCUCCACCACCACCAACAACAAAUACAACACGGAAAAGUUUUUCACACUGUUCAGCACCAUCAUAACAACAUUUAAAAAGUCACCAACCAAACGAAUGUCACAAAAAGGAUUUGGUCUAAAGAUAUCCGAUUCAGAAGAUCCCGUAGCAACAAUUAUAGAUUCAAUUAAGAAAAAUAUUGACGUAAAUGUAAAAAGACCAUCUGCAUAA